AUGGCGACAUACGGCACGCGAGCGGGGUUAGGAGGCUCCGGGAUUUCCGGGGGAGGCGGAGCGUCUGAAAUCCCUCUAUGGCAGGGCGAUGCGGAGAGAGAACAGUACGAGAGUUUCGCUGAUUUGUACGCGAUUAUAAAGACUACUGAGAAGCUCGAGAAGGCGUACGUCCGCGAUUUGAUCUCCCCCGCGGAUUACGAGCCCGCUUGCGCGAAGCUGAUUGGCCAAUUCCGGACGCUUCGCACCGCGCUGCAAGGCGCCGUGCCCGAUAUAGAGCGAUUCAUGACAACGUACAAGAUGGACUGUCCUGCAGCGAAGAACCGUCUCCUGGUGGCUGGGGUUCCGGCAACGGUGGAGCAUAAAUCUGCAACGGUGGAGAGCGGUAGUGCGACUGUAGCGGUGGCUGAGACGGUGCAGCACUUCAUAACGGCCAUGGAUACUGUCAAGCUCAAUAUGCUCGCGGUAGAUCAGGUGCACCCGCUGCUCUCUCUGCUCCUCAACUCCCUCUGCAGCGUGCCAUCUUUACCAGCCGAGUUUGAGGGUCGCACCAAGGUCAGGGACUGGCUCGUGCGCCUCAACAGCAUGGCUGCUAGUGACGAGCUGUCGGAAGAGCAGGCGCGGCAAUUGAGUUUUGACCUUGAGUCGUCGUACUCUGUGUUCAUGCAAUCACUUGGAAUAAAAAACUGA